CACACACACACAUACACACACACACACACACACACACACUCCCUCACACACAUUUGCAGAGCUGGAGCUGCCGCAAAGCCCCGUCCUCCAGGGCUUUUUAAAACACCGUGUUUGCUUCACGCUCCUCCAACAAUAUCAUCCAGCGGUAAAUGCACUGAACCGACGGUCAUCGUAGGAACAGCGCCGAGACCGGAGCAGCGUUUAGGGGGGGGAGAGAAAGAAAAACGACGGCAUCGUCAAACUGUGAAAAAAAAAAGAAAAGAAAGGGGGGUAAAAAAAAAAAAAAAUAGAAAGAUAGUGGGUCAACGAGUUUAAGUUAAUCUGCCUUAGUGUCGUUGCUCUGCGGGAAGCUAGUCAAAACAACGAGGCGCCUCCGGUGAGAUGUGACCGUUAUUCCGUUAUUUUCAAAUGUGGUCGGGACUGCAGCCGUCGCAGCUAGCUCGGUACGGCCGCGUUGAUGCAGCAGCGCACGGGCUGUGUGUGUGUACACAUCCACCGUCGGAUCUGGGAGGAAGACAAUAGGCGAGAUAUAUCAGCCGGCCUGGACUCUCCUAAAGAAGACUACACUAAACGAGAGAGUCUGCAUCCGCUUCGGCUUCACUAGUGUCCGUGUGAGGAAUCGGGGGGUUAGAAAAGUGACGUGACAGCCGGCAGGUAGCCGGAUCAGGAUGGCGGCCGUAGUGAACUACUCUCCACCAUGGUGGGUGAAUCUGCUCCACCGGUUGCCCCAUUUCAACAUGGAGUUCCAGGUUGUGAGCAGUGACUUCAGGCCAGAGGACCCUGAGUACCAGAAGUCCAUUUUGCUGCUCGGCUCUGUGGCGUUGCUGUGUCUCGGCCUGGACCUCCUCUUCCUCCUCUUCUACUCGUUCUGGCUUUGCUGCCGGCGACGCAAGAGUGACGAUUCAUCGCACUCCCAUUCGCACUCCCAUCAGCCCAGUGCCGACUGCUGCUGCACCGCCUGGUGUGUCAUCAUCGCCACGCUCGUCUGCAGUGCUGGCAUUGCUGUUGGAUUCUAUGGAAAUGGGGAGUCCAGUGAUGGAGCCAGUCGUUUGGCAUACUCCCUCCGUCAUGCCAACCGCACCAUAUCCGGGGUGGAGAAACUGGUGUCAGACAGUGCCCUAGCCUUAAACCAGACAGUGGAGGAGAGCUUGGUUCAGUUGGAGACAGCCUUCCAGGAGCAGACAGACUACGUGUCCAUCGUCCAAAAGCUGCAGGGACAGCUGGAUGAACUGGUGAGGUUGAUGGUGGAUGUUCCCUUCUGGUCCAAUACUGACGUUUCCCUGGAGGACUUGGCACGCAAGACGGAGGCUUUUGAUUUUUACAGGUGGUUGGGAUACCUUGGCCUGCUGCUCUUUGAUGUACUCAUUUGUCUCCUGGUGCUCUUUGGCCUGAUACGCAACUCUAGAGGCACUCUGAUUGGAGUGUGCCUGCUCGGGGUUUUGACUCUGAUAAUCAGCUGGGGGUCUCUCGGCCUGGAACUGGCUGUCGCUGCUUCAGCCAGUGACUUCUGCGUUUCCCCGGAUACCUACAUCACCAGGGUAACCAAGGAAAACGCUGUCAUCGACCAAGAUAUCCUGCAGUAUUACCUGAGGUGCAGCUCUGGUCAGAUUAACCCCUUCCAGCAGAGGCUGUCGGGGAGUCACAAAGCAUUGGUGGAGAUGCAGGAUGAUGUGGCAGAGCUACUUAGAUCAGCAACACGUGAUUAUGCCAACACCAAGGGAGGUCUCGAGCAAAUCCAGUCUGUGCUAAAUUCCACCGAGGUUGGUCUCCACCAGCUGACUGCUCUGGUCGACUGUCGCAGCCUACACAUGGACUACGUUCAGGCGUUGACUGGGCUGUGUUAUGACGGGGUGGAGGGUCUUAUCUAUCUGGUUCUCUUCUCCUUUGUCACUGCCCUGAUGUUCUCCUCCAUUGUGUGCAGCGUGCCACAUACCUGGCCUGGCAAGAGGACGGAUGAGGAGGACGGAGAGGACGAGUCGGGUGCCUCACGGGGCGGUGUGCACGAUAACCUGUACCGCGUUCACAUGCCCAGUCUCUACAGCUGUGGCUCCAGCUACGGUAGCGAAGCUAGCCUGCCCGCUACAGCCCACACUGUCAGCAAUGCCCCCGUCACUGAAUACAUGAGCCAGAACGCAAACUUUCAGAACCCUCGGUGUGAGAACACCCCCCUGAUUGGCAGGGAGUCCCCUCCACCCUCUUACACCUCCAGUAUGAGGGCAAAGUACCUAGCCACCAACCGACCGGACCAGAACCGACGCUCCGUUCCCAAUGACCAACUGGACCCGGCUAGCCGGCCACACCCCGCUGCCCGACCACAGUCCUCAGUUCACUAGAGACCAGAUUCGCAUCAGUUCACAUCCCUCCCUCAGUACUGCCUGAAUCCAGUUCGCACAGCCAAUGACAAGAUCCAACUCCACCAGAGCUCAACCAGAGCUGAGCGUUUUUAAAAGCACCAACAGGACCCCCAGGUUGUAAAGGUCCACGAAAUAUCACCAACACAGACCGGUACACCCAGAAAUAACACAACAAGCUCGGACUCAUCAACCAAGCACCUCAGCAAAGGACUGCACUUUGAAGGUCAACCCACGAUUAUCCAAAAAAUGAAAAGUCGACCCCAGAAGAUCACAGUUUCUACACCACUGCUCGUUCCACCGCUGCUGUGAUGGAAAGCACCCUGGCUCCGUCUCCAGUUUCUUCUUCUUCUUCUUCUCUGCUGGGAUCCGUACACUGCCCUCCAGUGGAGACCGCCACGCCGCUCUCACUACUCAAUUCCCAUUCAGACUACACACUCACACACAGACAAGUGCACACACACAUGCACACACACACUGUACAGAGCUGUAAAUAGUAAACGUGUGCUUUACUCUGAUUUCAUGAAAAGUAGACUGUUGAAUCAUUACUGGUAAACGUGGUGUGCUGAGUGUUUAUCAUGGAAAUUUUUGCUGUAUCUCAUACACACACACACACACACACACACACAAAUAGGCGGACACAUCUAUAUAAAUAAUAAGCCAGUGAAUCAGAAAGCCAUGUUUAGAUAGAAACAGUACCAACACGUCCAGAUUCUCUUUAGCUUAAAAUUGUUGUCUAAGACUUGAAUCGUGAGCUUGAAAAACAAAGUGUGUCUCUCUCCAUAUUUGUUUACGUGCACAUAUGGCAUCGGUUAAUGCAUUUUGAACAUGAGCCAGGAAUCCUGUUGUGGAAUAACUUGUGAAUUUUUGGGAACUGGAGCGAGAAAUUUCGGGACAUAAGAAGGCUCAACUGGUGCCAAAAAACUCUGAAUAAUGAGGGAUGCCUGAUUCUGUCCUCUUCUCCUUACUGCCUCCAGAUGUCUUGAAAAAAGGGGGGAAAAACUCAUGGAAUGUUUUCCCUUUGUGAAGGGAACAACGGAAAGACACUUGAAAAAGGAGAACGACUGAAAUGGAGUAAGACUCACUGAAAAUAGCGACUACACAUUUGUCAGGUGCUAUGUAAGCCAGUCAAGGUCCCACCAGAGGACGGUCGGGGACUUUUUGUUAUUUUAAUAUUUUGUUUUCAUUCAGGGAUGUGAUCAGGAAUAUAAAAAGCAGUAAAAAAAAUUAAACAGCUUUUCGUUAUUACUGAACGGAAGUCCCGAAAACCUGAAAAAACAAACAUGUCCCUGAUUUAAAAAAAAAAAAUGUUACAUAAAAGUGUUGAUCGAGGAAAGUGGGUGUUUUUUUUUUUUUAUGUUUUAUCAUAAGCUGAAAUUCGGGAUGUGAUACUGUGACCAACUGUAGUAUUCUGUUUCUGCUUCUAUACUCUUGUUCUUCUUCCUGUGCUUUUAUUUUGUUAACUGGUGACCUCAGAUCGACCUUUAGCCACCAGUAGUUUUAAGUUUUUUCCAUUUUUUUUUUUUUACCCACAAGCACAAAUGCUCUUCAAGGUGACUUUGCGAGAUGGAGAAGUAAAACUGCCUGGGACACUGCCAGUGGUUUUCCCUCCCACUCUAAAAAAAAACAAAAAACACACACACUCUGUACAGUGUAUAAAAAAAACAACUGUAUUUGUGAACCUGUGUGUGUGUGUGACAUCACUGCAGCGUGAUUGGCUAUUGCUCUAUCUCAGUGUUACUGUGUGUAAGUACAGUGAUCGGUGUGUCUGACUGGCAGCAAGCAAGGGCCAGCUUAUCUAGCCUGAGUCAUUUCUACACAGACGCCGCGCAUGCCCUCAUACACACACACGCAUAUUAAAAUACACACACAUACAUGCUGUACAGACAUCCACAUUCAGUACACACGCCCAUAGUUUCUUAUAAAACCCAUCCUUCCCCACUUUUGUCCUGUUUACAUUCACCUUUAGAGCUGUAGUAACUACAUGCCCUCCCACUGCUGACAUCACACUGAUAACCAUUUGCAUCAUGGGUAAUGUAGUUGGUAGAAACCUGGAAUCUAGUAGUAGAGCCCUAACAAUCAAACACCUUCCAACCACCAUUCCUGUACAGCAUUUUAAUAUGUUAUUAUUAAUCAAUGACCACUUCUCGUAUUAGCGAGACAAUCUUACAUGUGUGAUUUUACUAGAAAGAAAAAUGUCCAUGUUAUGGUAACAAUGCUACCUAUGGUCGAGUACUUUACAGUGUUUUUUUUUUCACCAUCGAUGCAAACAAUGUUAAGAUCUGUGGGACUAGUCACUGAUUAAUGGCCUUUCAUAAUGUUUUUAAACUCUUACAACACUCUUCAUAUCACAUGUUUUUUUCUCUGUCUUGUAAAAGUCAAACUUUAAAGAUAAAAUAAUAGCUAGCUGUUUUGUAGGAGAAUAAAGGCAAGAGCAGCGUUUUUCCUCUCUUAUUAAUGGUGAAUGACUCUCUGUCUUGCAAUGUUUUCAUAAAACUAUUCCAGUGUCAUCUGCACACCUGACUUAAAGUUGUAUUUGAAUUCCUGUGUGGUGCUUUCUUGGAUUAAAAGAAGAAGAAAAAAAGGUCCACACUCAUGUUUAAGAGUCAGUAAUGUUCGUGUGUGUGUGUACACAGGACUUCAAAUACACCUCUGUCCAGAUGUGACAGACAAACAAUGUUUUCUAUGGCUGUUUUUAUUUUCCGAUGGUUUAACUAAGAUAUUAAUGAUGUACAUGUCAAAACUGUGGUAAUGAUAUCAUUCAGCCUGGAAUAAAUGUUUUAAAAAAGAAAUUAAAGCAACUUUAACAU